AUGAUAAGGCAGGCGAUGCCAAGAUCGACGAAGGUUUCUGCUGUGCAUGGGCGUGAGCUGUUUCGCCAGGCACUGGAGCCUCCCCACUUGCCUACAUGUAACGGGCCGAACUCUAAUGGACAGAAAAUACUGGCACUGGAAGUAAUGGAAGAUGCGCCACGCACGAAGGAGGUGGAUGCUGCGGCAGGGGCAAGGACGUCACCUGAGCAUACCAGUCGCAAUGCUCAUGUAGGGCUUACUCUACCUACCAAGCUCAAGAGUCGUUCUCAGCAAAGCCAGCAUGUGCAUGGAAACGGAUUACCAGAUCCUUUUUCUACUGCUUCUGUCUGUGGAAACCUCAUCGCUGCUGUUCCAGAACAUCCAGAAGAACUUUCCCCUCAGUCUGCGUUGCAAAAAAAAACUCCUCUUUGUCUGAAUGGCAGUUGCCACGCAGAAGCAGAUGGUUCAUCAAGUGCCAGCGGCCCUAGCAAGCAGCUGCACCUAGCACUGCCGCACAGUGCUGCGCCGUCGACCCAUUUCAGCUCAGAUGAGGUCACAGAAGGCUUGCGACUUGGAGGUUUGGAAUCUUGGCACUUCCAAACAGAAGUAAAAGAAAAAGAGUUAAAUGGACCUCAGCAAGCAAACAAUAAUGACUGUCUUGGUAAAGAAAUCGCGCAGCAUGUGGAGGGCGUACCGGAGAAGCUACGCCCCAUCUUAAGUCAAGAGGAGCUCCUCGAGGGAGCUCAAAAAAAUGUGGACGUGGCCGGUAAUGUACGUGCAGGAUAUGAAAGUCGUAUGCAGGACAUGCUAAAACCGAAAGAUGAUGGGCAAUCUACCGCACCCAGUUCAGACAUGCGGAUCCUGCGCUCAAAGACGGUGAUGAUCCCUGAUCAGAGCAUCUCUAGAAUUCCAAGAGACAUCCCCCUUAGACGACAGACUACGGCUGUUCAGUGCAACCAGCACAAGAAUACCUCACCGUCCGUAGAUUCCUCCAGAGGCCGGCGGAAAACGAGCACUCCAAUCAGUUGCCAUUCUGUCCGACGAACUCAGAGUGAUGGCCGUGAACUCUUUUCUGGGGACGCGAGCGUUCCUCAGACGUCUAUUGCACGGAUGGAUGACUUGCAUUCAUCACGCGUAGCCAAGCGGCGAGUGAUUUCAAUAUCUCGUCGGUCCCCCCAGCAACUCGAGGAAAACUUCGUCACUAGAAGCACCCCGGAAAUCCACUUCCCAUGUGACCCUGUUCCUCCUUCCUCUUCUUCUUUCAGUCAGAACGGGACACUGGGGAUCUCUGCAUAUUUGCAGAAUGUUUGCCGGCAAGUUGGACAGGAAAAGCAUGUGACAUGCAACGAAGGGACCGAAGAUUAUUUGACCGUCAAGAAUGACAACGCGACGAACAGUCUAAGGGAUAAGAAAAACGCUGCUUCCCUAUUAGUAUCAAAGAGGUGCCGCAGCGCAUUUCAGAAGCAGGUCUGUCAUGUUGAAAUGAGUACCAGCAGAGAGCAGGGCCACUCUGCAAAGCAACUCGCCAUGGUGACGUUUAGAGCAAAGGGAGGUGUCAGUAUAGAAACAUUGAGACGGUUGCCGAGGCCCACCCACCAAACAAGGAAGGUUGGUCGUGAAGCCUGCAAAAGGCAUCACAACGAAGUCCAGUCCCUCAGCAGUCAGCUGCAGAAGAGGCCGAGUUGCAGAUUUACAAGAAGGCGACUGAAGUGCAAGAAUGGAGGACGGCAACUGGUUCUGCGACACAUAUAUCAGAAGAGACCACAUGAAACCAUCUGUAGACGAGACAAAUAUAAUGAAACAUCGGCUAUUCAACAAGAGGCCGCAAGCAACCAACUCUUAAAAGACAGCAGCGGCAAAACGAGCAGCAUGGGAGAGUCAAUCACCGCUUCGCCUGCUUCUACCCCUAAACGUGGCUUAUCUGGAGAAAAGUGCGAUAUUCACAUUGGGGCGUACCUCAAAGGAGGAGAAUGCAAUGCAAGAGUGCAGCAGUUAGAAAAUUGCCCCACAAGCAGUUCUUUUAACACCUUCGUAGCUUCAGAAACCUUAGUUGGAAAAGCCUUAAGAAACCAUUGUUCCACCUUGGAAGAACUUGAGGUGUGCCGCAACGAUGAGGCAGCCCAGAAUGUGAAGGGCUGCAAAGCGCACAUACAGGAAGUCAGUGCUAGCCUCCCCAGUCACAAUACACUCCGCCGACGGGCUGUUUCCUGCAUCAGUUCCGGGUCUGAUGGCGUCCCGCAACUGCAGUUCAUUGGAGGCCCGUGGAUGAGCUGCCAUCAGCGUGUUAGUAGGUCUUUGUCAUGGACUACAGGGUGUGCACGAAAUGGGGAUACGGCCCUAGUUCCACUUAAAGAAUCCACGGGUAAUCUCCCGAAACUGUCAUUGGGAGAGCCACCCCACCUCUCUGAAGUGGAGCCAGUGCUUAGCUAUCGCGGCUCCUCAGAUGAAGCCGGCAAUGUUGCGAGCAUUGGCUCUACGAUUACGGAAGCGAAUGCGACUGCUUUGCGCCUUGAAGUGGAAAAUACUCACCACGAGCCAAGUGUGUCAAAGGUUUUUCAAGGAAUAUUCUGCAGGGAGCUGAGCUCGGGACACGACAUGCUGAUGGGUGCCAUCUCUACCGCCAGUAGCCAGAGUCCCUAUACCAAGCGUACACAAGGCAGUUUAGUGAAUAUUCCGCCACGGUUGACUAUCGAUUCGCCGCUUCUCGGGAAUGCUGCGGCUUUAGCUCCACUUCCACACGAACCGGGCGCAGAAUCCAGAGUAAGGCCUCAUGAGAUAUCUGCGGGACUUUCGAUGGCCAGUGGAGGCCGAUUUGGCCAAGUGGGCACCCUUAGUGAGGCUCCUUCUGGCGAUUACGCAGUGCCACAUUUCCCGGGGCCGCACAUUGUUAGGCAUCCACAUGCAUUGCUACUUACAGAGGGCGGAAAGCGUAUGAUUCACAGCAUCAACACCCAUGCUUCAGGCCAGCCUGCCAUAGAACCUGCAGGGCCCUCUAAAGGUUCCAUUUGGGCUACUCCUCGCUCUGUGUUGAUUUCACAUCUGGAUGGCUGUGGUGGAUACACCGACGGGAAGGCUGCCAAAACGGGGAAUGACUCUAAGCCUCCUUAUGGUAGAAUUCUGCACUGGGGGAGCCUACAGAUAAAUGAACAGGCUUUGCAGACUCCUUGCUGCAGAGGAGAUGCAGAGGAGUCUGUGACUAAAAGUAAUUUACAGGGAGACGCAGCCAACUACGCCGAGAAGAACCCAUUUCCUCAGCCCUUUGCUGACUCGCAACAGGAACCGUCUGCUUUGCCUUCCGUUGCUCAGUCAUGCCCAGCCCUUCCAACACCGUUGCAUACUCCAGUCAGAAGCCAGGAGUAUACGCAGAAGGAUAAUCACCGUUCAGCUGUCGAUGAAUCUGGGCUUCCUGGCUUCAGUUAUGACAAUAGACUGCAUACACCGGGCGCUCGGGCUCCACGCCGUGCUUUUGCGCGCGUCCUUGGGACACUCAGGAGAGCGGCAUCUCCUUGUGUCCAUUCAGUUACCGGCGCCUACCGGUGUAGAGGGGCAUUGUGCUACUGUUCGGGCACAUGGCGUGAUCAUGCCUUUUGUCACGUUCCAGUGUUCUGCAACCAUCUGAUGCGGGAGGGGGUGCUGCCGGUGCAACACCAUGGACCGUUUUACCGUCGCUCCAAGAUCCCCAGUUCAUUCUACCUAAAGGAGGAAGCUUUGAAGUGGAUGCUACACAGUCAGCGAAAGCGCGUACAUCUGCUCAACAAGCAACUUGCAAUUCAGCAGCAGCAACUAGAACAAGCGCUGCAAUUUCAGCAAACGCAGUUUAAGCAAACGCUGAACCGGAUGAACUUCUCGAUCGGCCGCCUCAAGAACGAUUAUACACUCAGAAAACAGAGUCUUGGCCUACGCCACCCUAGCUUCAGCCGCAGAAGGACAAGAACAAUUUGUAGUCAAGAACGACCUUUCGCCAUACUCCAGGCCGCAGCAGCAGCAACCGCAGCAGCUCUAGCCGCCGUUGGUGUAUGCGAACAGCGAGCACACAAGCUGCUUGCCCACUCGCAAAACCCUGUUUUCUCCAUAGGUGAUUCAGCGCAAGGGUCGGUUGGUACUGUGAAGAGUGAAGGUCACCGUGGUGCCACACAUGGGUUGCUUCCUGGCUCUCAGCAACAGCUGCCUGCGGCAAAGUUGGGUGAAAAGGUAAGGAGAGACAGCGCAAGGCCACUAGGUCGGCCCUCCAUGAAUGAAGAACCCGCCCGACCGCAUCAAAGAGAAGUAAAUUUUCAGUCACGGGAGUCAAAUGAUGUCGUUGCGAGGAAGCUCCAGUGGUGCCUUGCAUCUUUUCAGAAAGCAUAUGACCCUUUGAACCACUCCUCACAAGACUCAGCGCAUGGAGGGAACAAUGUGUUGCCUCUUCAGCUGGCCCCGUCUCAAAGCUGGCAGCCUAGUCCCACUGAAUAUGUGGAAAAGGGUCAGCCCGAGCUAGGCUGCCCAAUGCUCCCACGAGCUGCAUCCGAACCACCGUGCCCUAAGCUUUCCAUCGGGCUGGACCACUCGUUUCCAUCACCGGGGAGGAAUAUUUCUACAAGCGGGGCUAUUGAUUACUCAAGAUCAAGUUCACAGGUGGAGGUGACUGUUACACCCAGUGUGCGCAAUAAUCGUAGCAUUCCUGCCCAAAGGAUUCAGACCAAACAGAACGCUUCACGUAGUCGGGAAGGAUCUUCCGGAGGACGCAGAACCGAGCCACCAGAUUUGCUAGCUGAUGCGUCAACAUGCCGCAAGCGCAACAGUAUGCCUCUGAGCAGCGCUUCACUUGCAAGCUGUCGAAGUUUGAGCAGAGGCAGCAGAGGCUCACAUGUUGAAUCACGCAGCCGUAGGACCGCAAUUCGAAGCAAUAGCAAUGGUCAGCGAGGCAAUAUCCACUCUGAGACCUCUAGAAAAAAACCAGGAGAUAUUCUAUUAGUGGAAGGCCUUCACGGAGUACCAGGGAGGUACCGAUGCAAUGCCAUUCCUAUGGCGUAUCACCGGGACCCCAGCAUCUCAAUCUUUAGCCAACUUUUUGAAGACAGUUUUCGUAGACAGAGAAACCUCUUGCUCCUUCGCAUGCAAAAACAACUGGGAUCCAUUUCUAUUGUCCGGCCUCAAAGGACUCGUGGAGGAGAAACCCUACAACAUAGGCCUAUGCUGGUAGCACGGGCUCUAACAAGCCACAAUGUUACUUCGCAUAGUGGGGGAACCGCAAAGAGCGUCAGCAGCAAACAAGAAGUUUGCCCUAGACUUGGCUGGAUAAAUAGCUCGCGUGAGGCGCUAAGAACGCAUGCCGAAAUUUCACGUAAGCCCACGGAUGGGCACGGCGAUCAUAAGGGGAUUCGCGGGAAACCCUCACCUAUGGAAGAUGCUGUUGGGGAAGAAUUGUUUCUGUGUCCUGGAUCCCUUUGCCUCACUGUUGCACAGGCAACAGCAGACCCCGAAAGCAGCCUAUGCAUGCACGCUGCGACACCACCAGCAAGACUGGUGCAAUUACCUUCUCGUAGAGAGAACCUUGGCGCCUUUGUAGCUGCCCUGGAGGCAGAGAGCCUAAAUUAA